GCUACAUUUUGUUUUCAGUUUCUUUCUCCCAGCUUUACUUUUUAACUUUUGAAGCCUCGUGAUACCUCUCCUCUCUCUAUCUCAUACCCUCAGUCUCUCAUGGAAUCUCACCGGAGAGCUGCUUUAUUCUUUAUCGGAAAUCGCAUUCUAAUGCCGCCGAUCACAGCCGGUAUAUAAGUGACAGGAGGGGGCUUAUUUUUUUUGUUCCUGGUUUUUGUUUUCUUUUCAGGCCGACCAGUCGUAUAGUAUGGGAGGGGUAUGUGGGUCUGCGUUUGUUUUCUUUACUUUGCUUCUUCUGAAUCUGUUGGUGGGUGGGGGCGUUCGGUCGGAGCCGGUGCAGGACAAGCAAGCCCUCCUUGCGUUCUUAGCUCAGACUCCACACGAGAAUCGCCUGCAAUGGAAUGCUUCCGAUUCGGCCUGCAAUUGGGUCGGAGUAAAGUGCGAUGCGACCCGCUCUUUUGUAUUUAGCCUCCAUCUUCCUGGAGUGGGUCUUGUUGGGACGAUUCCGUUGAACACCAUCGGACAAUUGAGUCAGCUGAGAGUACUGAGUCUCCGCUCCAACCGACUUUCCGGUGAGAUCCCAGCUGAUUUCUCCAAUAUGACGCUCCUUCGCAGCCUCUAUCUACAAAACAACCAGUUCUCCGGUGGGUUCCCGCAGAGCUUUACUCGCUUGACUCGUUUGACCAGACUCGAUCUCUCCUCAAACAACUUCAGCGGUCAAAUCCCCUUCGCUAUUAACAAUUUGACACGCCUGACGGGGCUCUUUUUGGAGAAUAAUCGCUUCUCAGGCAAUCUACCCAGCAUCAACCCAGGUAGAUUGGCGGACUUCAACGUUUCCUACAACAAUCUCAAUGGUUCAAUCCCUGCGGUCCUAACCAGAUUCCCUGCAUCGGCAUUCGCUGGAAAUCUAGAUCUCUGUGGCGGGCCAUUACCUCCGUGUAAUCCAUUUUUCCCAUCACCAGCCCCAUCUCCGUCCUCAAUUUCACCUCCAACACCUGCCCGCAAGAAGUCAAAUAAGCUGUCCACCGUCGCCAUUGUCGCAAUUGCAGUUGGCUCUGCACUCGUCGUUCUCCUGCUAUUACUGUUCCUUCUUUUAUGUCUCCGCAGAAGACGCCGGCAGCAAUCCCCGAAGCAGCCUAAGCCCCCGGCCGCAACACGAGCAAUUGCUGGAGAGGCGGGAACUUCCUCUUCGAAAGAUGACAUAACGGGCGGGUCCAUGGAGGCAGAGAGGAAUAAGUUGGUGUUCUUCAAUGGAGGGGUUUACAGCUUCGAUUUGGAGGAUUUAUUGAGGGCAUCAGCGGAAGUUCUGGGGAAAGGGAGCGUAGGGACGUCGUACAAGGCAGUGCUGGAAGAAGGGACUACGGUGGUAGUGAAGAGACUGAAAGAUGUGGUAGUGACAAAGAGGGAGUUCGAGAUGCAAAUGGAGAUUCUGGGUAAGAUCAAACACGACAAUGUGCUGCCAUUGAGGGCGUUUUACUACUCCAAGGACGAGAAGUUGCUUGUUUCCGAUUUCAUGGCCGCCGGAAGUCUAUCUGCUCUUCUACACGGUAGCAGAGGGUCAGGUCGUACGCCAUUGGACUGGGACAACAGGAUGAAGAUAGCAUUAAGCACGGCAAGAGGUGUAGCCCACCUCCACGCAACGGGGAAGGUCGUCCAUGGCAACAUUAAGUCUUCCAACAUCCUACUCCGACCCGACAACGAUGCCUGCAUCUCCGACUUCGGGCUCAACCCUCUAUUCGGUACCUCUACCCCACCUAACCGUCUGGCGGGCUAUCGAGCACCCGAAGUGGUGGAGACCCGAAAAGUCACCUUCCAAUCCGACGUCUACAGUUUGGGGGUCUUACUCCUAGAACUAUUGACAGGAAAAGCACCGAAUCAAGCAUCGCUGGGCGAGGAAGGGAUUGACUUGCCCAGGUGGGUUCAGUCAGUGGUCAGGGAGGAGUGGACGGCUGAGGUAUUCGACGUGGAAUUGAUGAGGUACCACAACAUAGAGGAGGAGAUGGUGCAGCUGUUGCAGAUAGCAAUGGCUUGCGUUUCAACUGUGCCUGAUCAAAGGCCGGCAAUGCAAGAGGUUGUUCGUAUGAUAGAAGAUAUGAAUAGAGGAGAGACGGAUGACGGGUUACGACAGUCGUCAGAUGAUCCUUCAAAAGGCUCGGAGGGUCAGACACCUCCGGCCGAAUCCAGGACUCCACCUAGAGGGGUUACACCCACACCUUGACUCAAGAAGGUGUUGUAAUUUGUAAAGUGGCUGCAGCAAAUUGAUUGGGCCGGUUCUUCCUGCUGGGUGCCCCCCCAAUAUGUUAUUUUCUGAUUUCUUUUUUUUUU